AUUUGCAUGAGAUAAAUCAAUUUAAUAAAUGAUUGACAAAAUACAACUUUCAUCGUGAUGAGAUGGAGUCAAUUGGUGACUUAUAUGAGUGACCAGGUUUCUAUGAAUUUCGGGCUCCAAAUAAAUUGCAGUUAAAUACCGAGAUAUUUUUAUCAUUCAAUAGUAAACAAUUUAUUUAAACAAAGUAAAGUAAUUAUUGAUUAGAGCUGGCCAAUGAGCGGCAGGGUGACCUAAGGACGGCCAGCAGAUGAGCUCCGUGUCAGUUCCUCUCACGUCCCGCUGAGCUACUCCACUCACACCCAGGCAAGUCUCUCUCUGAUUUCUCUGUAUUUUAUCUCUCCUAACACAUUUCAGUUGUUCUCCUAACUAGUGCAAUACACUCAAGAUACAUAUGUUGUUGUAGAAAUGGCAAGAAGACAAUUAAUACGAAGGAAGUUGUAAAAAUUAGGUAAAAGCUUCUCGGCGUGGUAGCAGACGACGCACUCUGCCGGACACCAUGGCCCCCCCAGUAUAUGCAGAUCUUGGAAAGUCUGCCCGGGAUGUGUUUGGCAAAGGCUACCACUUUGGAGUACUCAAGCUAGAAUGCAAGAGCAAGACCAGCACAGGUGUGGAGAUCACUGCUGGAGGCAACAAUGCUCUUGAGUCUGGCAAGGUGGCCGGCAACCUGGAGACCAAGUACAAAGUCAAGGAGCAUGGUCUAACCUUUACUGAGAAGUGGAACACUGACAACACACUAAAUACUGAGGUGGCUCUUGAAGAUAAGGUGGCAAAGGGGCUCAAGCUGGUGCUCAACACCACCUUUGCACCUCAGAGUGGCAAGAAGUCUGGGGUGCUCAAGUCCACCUAUAAGACUGAUGCCCUCGCCCUCAACCUGGACUCCACGCUGGAUCUGGGUGGACCUGUGGUCAAUGGUGCUGGUGUAGCCAGCUACAGGAACUGGUUAGUAGGCUACCAGAUGUCCUUUGAUACUGCCAAGUCCAAGCUUACUAAGAACAACUUUGCUGUGGGCUUCACCAAUCCCGACUUCAUCUUGCACACCUACGCUAACGACGGGGCAGAGUUUGGUGGAUCCCUCUUCCACAAGAUCAAUCCUGAGUUGGAGGGUGCUGUGGAUCUGGCCUGGUCUGCUGGCUCCAACACCACACGUUUCUCUAUCGGAUGCAAGUAUGCUCUGGACAAGGAUGCAGCUCUGAGGGCCAAAGUUAAUAAUUCUGCUCAGGUGGGUCUGGGAUAUCAGCAGAAGGUUAGGGAUGGCAUCACUCUCACUCUCUCCACCCUUAUUGAUGGCAAGAACUUUAACCAGGGUGGCCACAAGGUAGGCUUGGCUAUGGAGCUGGAGGCUUAGGUGUCAUUGGGGGGAGGCCAGUUUGAGCCUGUUGGGAUAAGACUGCUGAGUAUUGUUAAGGAUGGGAGGCGGGGGGCAGGGCCCGCUAAAUUCCAGUAGUGUAAAUGAGCACUGUACAGCAACUUUAUCCCAGACUUGUACAUUUCCCAGGUGUAGGGGUAGCUACAUCAUUCUUCAUUAUGUCAUCAAUAAACUUACCUGAUCA